GGUCGGAGGUCAGAGGUUAAAGGCUAAACUUCUUUCGGUUGAGAAUACACACAGCCAUUUUGGAUCUAACGAACAGAAGGGAAAUUGAUGCGGCAGCAACAUCCGUGCAAUCUCGGUCUCUGCAGGUGACAAAAGGCAUGUUUGGUUCAAGAAAAAAAUUUGUGGAGUUUGUGGAGGUAGUCGAUAAUGACUUUGCCGAUGAAAGUUUGUACUACAACCAGUCGUCAAUGUUCACGCAUCGAUCUGACAAAGAUAUGUUGUCCUCUCCUUCACCAUCAUCGUCAGGUCAGCUAUCGCAGCUCGGCGCAAGUUUGUACGGUCCCCAAAGUGCACUAGGUUUCUCAGUAAGGGGUAUGAGUAAUAAUACGCCUCAGUUAAACCGAAAUCUAACACAAGGCAACCAGCUACCAAGUCACAUAACCCCCACAACGGGGGUACCAACUAUGUCACUUCAUACCCCACCAUCACCAAGCAGAGGAACAUUGCCGAUGAACUCGAGAAACAUGCUGAACCAUUCUCAGGUUGGUCAAGGCAUUGGGAUUGGUGGUAGGACCAACAGUAUGAGCAGCUCUGGACUCGGCAGCCCCAACCGCAGCUCACCCAGUAUCAUCUGUAUGCCCAAACAGCAGCCAGCACGCCAGCCCUUUACCAUAAACAGCAUGUCAGGAUUUGGAAUGAACCGCAAUCAAGCAUUUGGAAUGAACAACUCGUUAUCAAACACCAUUUUUAAUGGCACAGAUGGGAGUGAAAACGUAACAGGCCUGGAUCUGUCAGACUUUCCUGCAUUAGCGGAGAGGAGUCGGAGAGAAGGAACUGGAAACCCUACACCGGUGCUCAACCCCCUGGCAGGAAGAGCUCCCUAUGUUGGCAUGGUGACAAAACCCUCGACUGAACAGACACAGGAUUUCUCCAUUCAUAAUGAGGACUUCCCUGCAUUGCCGGGCCCCAACUAUAAGGACCCGACACUGAACAAUGACGACAACAAAACUAACUUGAACUCUUCAAACAAGAGCACAUCCAGUACAGAUGGGCCAAAGUUUCCUGGAGAUAAAACAGCCUCAGCACAGAACAAUAAUCAGAAGAAAGGCAUCCAGGUCUUGCCUGACGGUAGGGUGACGAACAUUCCCUCUGGAAUGGUGACGGAUCAGUUUGGCAUGAUUGGACUUCUGACGUUUAUCCGAGCAGCGGAAACUGAUCCAGGGAUGGUCCAUCUGGCAUUGGGAAGUGACCUCACAACACUGGGACUCAACUUGAAUUCACCAGAAAACUUGUACCCAAAAUUUGCUUCUCCUUGGGCCUCAGCACCUUGUCGACCUCAAGACAUCGACUUUCAUGUUCCCUCUGAGUACUUAACAAAUAUUCACAUAAGGGACAAGUUGGCUGCAAUCAAACUGGCUCGAUACGGUGAAGACCUGUUGUUCUACCUGUACUACAUGAAUGGUGGAGAACUGCUACAACUUCUGGCAGCAGUAGAACUUUUUAACCGGGACUGGCGGUACCACAAAGAGGAGCGGGUUUGGAUCACAAGGGCACCUGGCAUGGAGCCAACACUGAAGACCAACACCUACGAGAGAGGAACGUACUACUUCUUUGAUUGUCUUAACUGGAGGAAGGUAGCCAAGGAAUUUCAUCUGGAGUAUGACAAGCUGGAAGAGAGGCCUCAUGUUCCAGCAACGUUCAACUACAACCCAGCCCAGCAGGCUUUCUAAGGCCCCACCAGUCCCAAGGCUGCAGCUGUUCCUGCACACAACACUUUUGUCCAUGGGGGGACGCUGCGGAUCACAGCUUGGUUUUUAUUCCUCAAGGAUUUGGCUGUUUGACCACAGAAGUCAUGGCCACCAUCAGACCUGCCCUGCCUCUCUCCAAAUUUCAUGCUGCCCAGCCCCCCCCCCCCCCCCCCCCUAAAAAAAAACCCCACAACACUGUUUGUUUUUAUAUUCCCAGUGUUCCUCCUGUGUAUUUUUUUUUUCUUUUUCUUGUUUUGAGCAGGGUCUGUGAUAUGUUUACGUCUCUGAACCUGAAAGCAGUUUUCUUCCAGAGAAGGACUAUAGCCUUGUGGCAGAGGACAGUGACAGAACGAGAAUUGCACCUCGUGUGUUCGACCAACAUCGGACAGGAAAGGCGCCGGGGGAGGGGGGGUUAACAGAGCACCAUCCUCGAAACAAAUGAAAUGGUGAAAGAAAUGCAAUGUUUAUUGUUGCACUAUGUUUAGUAAUAAAAGAACACAAAAUUUGUUUGUGCUUUUUUUUUUUAAUGUGAAGACACUCCCUUGAUCAUUUUUUGGACGAGGUGGUAUUUGCAGCCUAUCCGCACGCAUCCCUUUUCAUCUCAGUUUUUCACCUCCGUAAUAAUUCCUUUGACUUUUGAACUGCACCGACCUUUCUGUCUCGCAUACUUUCUCUUUUUUCCUCUGCCAGUUAAACCGAUUUCAGUUUGCACAAGUGGACAAGUCGACUUUCAGCAGAGGUUAAACAUGUCGCUCCAGAGCAAAGAAAACUUUUCACUGUUUGUUACAGUUUUGUAAGAAAUGUGUACAUUAUAUUAUUUCCUGACAUCUCAUAAAUUAGUGUAUGUAUGUACGAAUGUAUAUAUAUGACUGCUAUAUGUAUAUAUACAUAUAUAUAACAUCUAUUUUGAAAGAAAUUUUGCCUUGCUUUGUACCUCUUUUUUUAUGAGGUGAGCACAGAUGCAACACGUGGACAGGAUAUUUCUGGAUGUGUUGGACAGUUUGUAGGUGCUUAUGAUACACA